AUGACUGUUGAUAUAAUCAGUGAAUGGAAGCAAUGGCUUUUAGCCUAUAAGCCAUCUUCAUCGGUUCAGCAUGGCGAUAUUGAAAAGUUUUUACACUGCUUCAAGGAUAUAAGAUGUAUUUUAACGGACUCUGGGGCCAACGAUAAAGACAGGGUGAAAUGCGUGGAUGUUAUGAGCAUUUUGAUGCUGAAAGAGUACCAAAUAUUAAAGAAGAGCGGCAAAGAUGCUGACAACGAGUUUGUUUCUAUUAUCAAGGAUAAGAUGAUCACUAUUGAAGAAGGAACUUAUUUAUUUCACUAUGUGAUUGAUUUCUGGACGGAUAACACGGUCUCCAUGGAAAUACCGUUAAAAAACAUGUUUGAAAAACUGUUGCAAUUAAUGAACCACCUAUACGGUCAGAAGAUCAUGAAAACAGUAUUGCAUCAGUGGAUCAAGACCCUUAUCUCUUUAGAAGAUAAAAUGAAAGUACAGUACUACUUUUUAGAUGCUUUUAGUGGACAGAUUGACUUAAUGAUGUUACUUCAAUGGAAGCCAAACUUUGUAGAGGUAUGUUUCAGUUUGGUAUGGGCAGAAACGCUAUGCACACAAGUCGGUAAAUGUCUCUCAAAUGUUUUAUUAAACUGGUAUAAAUAUCAUUUUGACGAAUCAUCUAUGGAAAAGUGGUUGGAUCUCUGGAAACCAAUAUGUUGUACCUAUUUGAAAGACCCCAAAUACACCAAAAACAUCCAGCUAUAUGUUUUGUCGAAUGUUUUUAAACAGCUUCCAGCUAGUUUCGGGGUAUUUAUUAGUGACCACGAAGACUUCAGCAAUGCAAUAUUAUUGUCUCUCCUGAAAAUUGGUCAAGAAUUGGCGAUUGAAGAAGAACCUUUUCACAAUGAGAAAUACAUCAAAACGAAGGAUAUCUUCUCAUUACUUCAACAAGAUAAGUAUAAAUUAGCCACUUUUGAGCUACUCACUUACUCUAACAAAAAAUCGAAACAAAUUCAACCUUAUAUCUAUGAUAUUCUAAAAGAUAACUUGACUAUCUUUUUCGUCGAUUACACCCUGCAAACUCGGAACUAUUUUUGCAGUUCUUUGAAGUCUUUCAUCAACAGAAUCAGGGACUCUACUUAUUCAUUGAAUAGAGAUGCAAUGAAACUUAAACAAAAGAACAAAUUUCCAGAAGAGCAACUGUAUAAGCAAGAACAUAUCAAACUGGCGGAAGAUUUCAUGAAGUGGCUUGUCGCGUUUUUGAAAACUCAAAUGGCACCAGGAUCUCAGUACCAACGGAAAUCAUUGGCCUACCAGGUUGUAACUAAUUUAUUGGUCUCAGGUAUUGAUUCAUCUGUUCCUGAGAAAUUCCUAGAUACCAAACAAAGAAUGUCUUAUCCAUUCAAUAUUAAUAUAUUUGACUCGACACUAAUAAGAAUUUUAAUUGAUGAUUUGACAAAUAACUAUGAUGAUAUUAGAGAACAUUCGCUAAAUUUACUUUUGAUUGCUUUCAGUACAUCUGGGAGAAGUAAUCUCAACAUCGAUGAAUCAACUAUGUUUGGGUUAGCUUUGGAUAUGCUUCUGUCAUAUAAGACAAGUGAUGGUGGUGCAAAAAUCAUGGAAUUCGUUUUCAUUGUAUCAGACAAUAAAUAUAAGCUCUUAAGAAGUCUGAUGGAUAACCUAGAACAACUUCUGAAAGAAGCAAGGUCUAAUCUGAUUGAAAAUAUUAAUCUUCCUGUCUCUGGUAUAUUCACUGCAUUAUCUCUCGUAAUUACAAGGUGUAAUAAAGAAGAAGCAAAUAAAGAAAUCUUGCAACGUUUGAUUGACACAAUAUUAUUGAAUUGGGAGAAUGUGAGGGAAAUUGUUUGCCACGACUCCCCAGAAGGAAAUUUGCCUAUUAAAUAUCUGAAAUGUGGUAUUUCAGACCAAAUAAUUACGAGUUAUGCAUUUCGCUCCAUCAAAGAAUCAAGCGCCUUACUAAAAACUAUCUUGGUUCGUGAUUCUUUAACUAUAGUGCAAAUUGAACAAUGCGGUCAAAUACUAUUAGAUCAAUUGUCACAUAUCAGGCACAGUGGUGCUUUUCAAUCGGUUUUUCCUACUUAUGUCCAAUUAUGUCAAUGUGCAAGAAAAGCUUACCCGCAAUUACUACAGGUAUGGUUAGAAGAAAGUGUCUCAUCUUUGAGAACUAAGAGUCAGUAUGUUACAAGACGUUCCGGAGGAUUGCCUUUCAUGAUAAGUGCUAUUUUGUCAUCUGAAACAGAUCAAGAGAGACCAUUAUUACAAUCGACUUUUGAGCAGUUAUUUGAGAUAGCAUCCACUCCUAUCCUGAAACACGAGGAAAAGUUGGAUUUACCCCAAGUUCAUGCAUUUAAUUGUAUUAGGAGUAUUUUCAACGAGUCAAAACUUUCGCUUCAUUCUGCACCUUAUGUUCAAAAAACUCUUGAACUUUGUCUUAAGAACUUUUCCUCGCCUUUGUGGUGUAUGAGAAAUUGCUCUGUUAUGUUAUUUACAUCUCUACAAAAUAGACUUUUCGGUAAAAUGGGUAAAACGAUGAGUGCAAGACUCUUUUUUACCAGAUUCAAAGGGAUUCGUGAGGUCCUUUUGGCAACUUUAAAGGAUUCUAUAGAGUUGUUUGGUGGAAAAAAAUCCGCUGGUAUAACAAUUGGUACAAAUGAUGAUAUACCUUCUUACCAAGCUAAUAUUGAAUCUAUAUUUUUGAUCUUCACAAUAUUAGGUAGAUUGAAACCUACUCUUUCAUAUGAUGGGCUGAAUGAAUUUGAAGUAGAAAUAGUUAAAGCGUUAGGAUGCCCUAAUUGGAAGAUUAGAGAGUUGGCAGCUAGAACUUAUGCUUCGUUAGUACAGAAUCACAAAGAAAAGGCUUAUGAACUCUUGUCUUUAUUAACAAAUUCGCCUUGUUCAGAAGAUAAGAUUCAUGGUUUCAUGUUAGCAAUUAAAGAGUUAGUUCUACGCUCUUUGGAGGAGGCUUCUCCGAUUUCGCUUGAAGUGAUCGGGCAAUUAUUGAAUAACAAUUACGCCUUAUUUAUAUCUGAACAUCCAUGUUAUGCCAUCUCACAAAAAUAUGUGGAAAUAUCUGAGCUGUUACUCGCUACCGGUGCAUUUUCCGAAUAUGAUAAACGAUCAAUUCUAAACAUAUUAGGAAAUGCAUUCAUAAGAGAAAACUCCGAGUAUGUUGUUGAUGGAAGUAAGCAGCUAUUCCUUGCAUCGGUAACAAGAGUAUUACUACGGUUUGAAAAUGCGGAGAGUAUAUGCGAUAUUUUGGAGUUAGCACUGUGCUCCCCAUUCUUUGAAGUCCAAUGCUCUGCACUCCAAAGUUUGGAUUAUGAUAUUCUCUCGUCCACUGAGCAAUUAUCCGUUGUCAAUUCCUUAGUUGAGAUCUUAGAAGACACAAAACAAUGGGUGCAAGUGAAAGCGGAUGCCCUUUCCGCACUUCAAAAAUCACCUGUCAGAGUUAGACUGUCAAACUAUGAAACUUUAGUUUCUCAAAAGAGCGAAAUACUUCAGAGUAGCCUACUAGAGAAUAUUGCUAGUUUCGAAAAGGUUCCCGAAUCAAAGUUCUGGGACCUAGUAGAUAAAUAUUCUGAUGACGAACGCCCUGAUCAACUAAGGCUUGCUGCCACUAAAUGUUUGAUAAACACAUACAAUAAUUGUUCUGAUGCUAAAGUCCUUUUCAGGCUAUAUUUACAACUUUUCGACGAAUCUCCUGAAAUUAGGGAAAUAUCUGCCAGAUUUUUGAACGAACAUAUAUUUGAACUACAGCCAUUUGAACUUGAUUCGUCCUCAUACUCUACAUCUCUUAGAUGCGUUGAAUUAAUUCCAAAAUUACCAUUAGCUUCAAAACUCUAUCCGAUUUUGAUUGACCAUCUUCAAAAACUGUAUGGUGGACUGAAGGUAAUGGAAUCAGGAAACCUUGCAGAAAAUCAUGACCUUUUUGAUGUAGAGAAGGAUAACCAAUAUCGUAACGAAUUAGAACUUGGAAAGCAAAUUAUCCAAAUGCUGCAAAAUAUGGAAUAUAACAUACCAGAAGAAACUGUGGAACAAGUCAAAGACUGUCUAUCAGAAUUGAUCUCAAAUAUGGAUUCAAAGGGAAAGGAUGGAUUCUUGAAAUGGGGCUCUAAUCCUGAUAUCUUCAACAAGCUUGCUCUUCAAAGAUAUUUAUUAAGAUCAUGUGGUAAAGAUCUUUCGGAAAUAGACGAUAACUUACGUCAAUUAAACUGUCACCCAUUGCUCUUUGAAAUAUGA